AUGAAGGUAGUUUUGGCAUCCAUCUUUCUUCUAGCUAUUGGUCUCAAUGGUGUUCUUGGGGAAGUUUUCUUUGAGGAGAGAUUUCUCACAGGAAAACACGAUAAUUGGACUCCUUCAAAAACAGAGCCGGAGAAGCUCGGCACAACAGAGGUUGUUAAAUAUGAACCUCCUAUUGAUGAUCAAGAAGACGGUGGUUUGAAUACUACAGAACCGGCACGAUUCUAUCGACUUUCGGCGCCUUUAAAGAAGACAUUGGAGAACAAGGACAAGAAUAUGUGUGUUCAGUUUACUGUUAAAUAUCCAAAGGGUGCUGAGUGCGCUGGAGCUUACGUUAAACUUAUUGGUGAAGACUUCAAUCAAGAUGAAUUCAAUGGUGAAACUCCUUAUGAGAUCAUGUUCGGUCCUGAUGUGUGUGGUUUCGAAACACGUCUUGUGCACGUCAUUUUCUCGCACGAAGGCAAAAAUCACUUGAUAAAGGAACGGAUUCCAUUCAGUGUUGAUAAUAUGACCCAUCUGUUCAGACUCAACAUUUUCCCCAAUAAUUCAUUCUCAGUGUUUGUUGAUCAGGAGUUGAAAAGGAACGGAACUCUAGUUGAUGAAUUUGACAUGAUCAAGCCAAGAGAAAUCGAGGAUCCAGAGGAUAAAAAGCCUGAUGAUUGGGUCGAUGAGAUGUAUAUUACGGAUCCGAAUGAAAAGAAGCCAGAUGACUGGGAUCAGCCGGAAACCAUUGUUGAUACCAGUGCAACGAAACCAGAAGACUGGAAUGAUGAUACAGAUGGUGAAUGGACCGCACCAAUGAAACGAAAUCCAGAUUUCAAGGGUGAAUGGCGCCCGAAACCAAUUCCUAACCCUGAUUAUAAGGGUGUAUGGACUCCGAGGAAGAUUCCUAACCCAGAAUUCGUCGAUGAUCCCACACUUUAUGAAAGAAAAAUUAAGUACAUCGGUCUUGAUCUCUGGCAAGUGCAGUCUGGCACCAUUUUUGACAAUUUCUUCGUCUCAGAUGACUUGAAUGAAUGUGAUGAGCAUUCCAAGUAUUGGAAGAAACGUCAUGACGGUGAGGAGGAAUUGAGAAGGAGUAGUGAAGAAAGUGGAGAUGAGACCAGUGGAGAGAUGGACGAUGAAGAAGAUUCAGAGAGCGGUCCAACGAUUCGAACAUCAACUAACUUUGGACAAGUGAUGGAAGACAUGGAGAAAAAACACGAACAUGAAGUAGAGGAUGAAAUGGAAGAUGAGAAGAAACGUCACGAGGAACUCUAA